ACUUUGCACGUAAAAGGAAGGGUGAUACUUCAGGAAGUUCAGGUAGACUUGACGCAGUGGAUCGUAACGUGUUGCUGACAGAUUCACAGUGAAGUUUUGAAGAACUUUUAGCAACGAAUUGAAAGAAAUAAUUGUUCCAUCAUGGGAUGUGGAGCGUCGAAAACCACAGCUCAUGAAUCGACUAGUACUAGUCCUAAAGACGCUCAGCAAACAAAAGAUCGGCGCCAAGAACAAACUCAACGGCGUGAACAAGAAGAGCAACAGCAGCAUCCGCAGCAGCUACAGCAGAAGCAGCCAUCACCACCACAUCAACAUCUUCAAGACAGCGGGCCUGCAAAACACAGCGAGCUGAAGUACCUACCCAAGCCGACUCCGCCUGCUACAAAGAAAAAAGAAUACAUUCCGGACUCGAAUGUGUUCGCGGAUAUUGACGACCACGCAUUACAGGCGCCAAAGUCUGCAGCCAGCUCGGUAGAAAACCUCGUGAACUAUUUGACCAAGGUUUGCUCAACCAAUCUGGAGAGAAUCCGUGUCCUCUUCAGGUGGAUUACCAACAAUAUCGAGUAUGACGUCCAGAGCCUCCGCUCUGGUAACAUCCAAGGAGGGAAUUGUACGCCGGAUGCGGUGUUGCAGAGAGGCUGUGGGAUGUGUGAAGGGUACGCGGAGCUAUUCCAGGACAUGUGCAGGCGGGCGGGCAUCACAUGUGAGAAGAUCAGUGGGUACGCCAAGGGGGCCAGGUAUUCGGCUGGAGACUUGUUCGAGGGCAAGGAUACAGAUCAUGCAUGGAACGCCGUGUAUGUAGAUAACGCCUGGCGUCUACUCGACUGUACGUGGGCUACUGGCUUCGUAAAUCCCGCUCAGCCUUUCCAGUUCAAGUUCAAGGAACACUACUUUCUGACCGAUCCUGAGGAGUUUAUUUACACACACUUUCCUUACAACAAAAGCCAGAACAUGGACAAGUGGCAACUGCUUGAUACACCAUGGACUCUGAAGCAAUAUGAAGAGGCACCUUUUCUGAAAGGAAGGUUUUUCGACCUCGGUAUAAGUCCCUCGAGCUUGAGUCACUGCAGAUCUCUCAUUGAGUUCGAUGACUCCGUUAAAUUCGGCUUCUCAUCCGACCGGCAAAUCUCGGUUACUCACGACCUAACAGACAAAGCCUCCGGACAGACGUUCAGUCAGUACUCGUAUUUGUACGUUCAUCAGGAUGAUUUUAAAGCUGUCACUCUUGUGGUGAACCCGCCCUCUGUCGGCGACUAUAAGCUAACUCUUUUUGCCAAGGAAAGAACAGCCGGUGACAAAGAGAAGGAAUGGAUAGGUGACUUCUUGCUAAGAUGUACCUCCGUGUCGUGUCCCAAGAACCCCUACCCUACCGGGUCCCAGUGGGGUCUUAAUGCCAAAGCUACGGCUCUUGGUCUCGCAUUCAAGGGGACGAACCCGUCAGUGGCACCCGACGACACCGGUCUCGCCAAAGUGGAGUUUAAAAUUGACAAGAACAGGCCCGUUGAGACCAACUGUGUUUUGUCCAAAGCGGAUGGGGUAGGAUCUGGUAACAGUGUCCUGAGAACCAACACGAACGACGGUUUCACGUACCUAGUGGUCGUGCCUUCGGAAGGCUUGUUCAAUUGCACACUCUUCGCCAAGCCGGCCGGAAGCGAAGGCAGCCGCCAGUACAUGGGUGAUUUUCUGGUUGAGUCUAAGAGUACCCCGUCCACUCCCAGAACCUUCCCACAUGUAUAUGAUCUUUUCGGUGAUGGAUGUGAGCUUCUGGAACCGAUGCAAGGCAGACUACCUGCAAAUACCGAGUUGAGAUUCAAGCUCCGUGUUCCAGACGCAGGCGACGUGGCUGUAUUCGCGAACGGCAGCCAGUGGCAUCACCUGGAGAACCCUUCGGGCGAUGAUCUAUGGCAAGGAAACGUCGCAACGGAAGUUGAGGGCGAUCUCACAGUUUAUAAAAAGAACAAAAAGGGUACAUUUUCAGGAUUGCUCAAGUACACUAUUGCUUGAUGCAUUACUGUCGUGAUAAAAAGCCUGAAGAUGGUGGACGGAUUCUCCAGUUUUCUUGUCUCGUUUGCUGAUACUUUUGUAACCAAGGGAGCCAUCGACCUUUCUACCAGAUUCACCUACAUAUCUACAUUUUGAGGGUAACAAAUAAAAAGGCAAAAAAUACAUUGCAAUUGUCUGAUUUUUGUUAUGAAAACGGGAAGCGUCCAGGAAAGAGGAGGCGUUCGGGGACGAGAAACUGGUGUUUUUUUAAUUGGCCUUAUCAUCGGGCAUAAUCAGGAUAUAUAAUUUGAUAGAAGCUUCAAUGCUAAUGUCAUUUCUGAGUCGUUAAAAAAUGCAUUUUUUGGCAAAAUGCUAUUAAAAUUGAAUUUACAUA